UUUUAUCGCCCCUCUCUCUCUCUCUUCUCUGUACGGCCACAACUUUCUUCUUCUCUCAGUCUCAGAAACGCACAGGCGUUACUACAGGUCCACAACCUUCUUCUCCAUCAGUCCAGCCCAAAAACGUUGAAAGCAAUCCCUUCCGACCCGGACCGAUUACACCUCUCACGCUGAGUCUCAUAUCUGUGCCACGCUUCUUCUUCUUCUUCUUCUUCUUCAGAUCCAAUCCUAUUAUUGUCUACUGGUUCGCUGAUUCCUGUCUCUCUCUUCAAAUUUCAUUGUUUUGGUUUUGGUUUAUAUGGGUUUGUAAACCAUAUCAAAGCUUUUGUCUAUCUUAAUUUCAAAUAGUAUUCAACAUAUACAGAUACAGAAAUCAUUUGUUUAUUACUACUCCUAGUGCGGACAAGCAACAUGACAAUGUUUAUUACUAAGCAUCUCUUAUUUCAUUCACAAUUCAAGUGCAUUCCCAGAGUCCCAUUUUCCUCUAGACUAUUUUGCUCUGAAAACCCAUCUAUAAACCACGAUGUUGAGACGGUGUUUCGUAUAAUUAAUAGCUCUCCUUCUUCAAAAAACUUGAAGGAAUCGUUGAAAUCUAGUGGGGUUUUCCUCUCAAAUGAUUUAAUUGAUAAGGUUCUGAAAAGGGUCAGGUUCAGCCAUGGAAAUCCAUUACAUGCAUUAGAGUUUUUUUACUACAGUGGGAAUAGAAGAGGGUUUUACCACACUGCUUUUUCAUUGGAUACAAUGCUUUAUAUACUUGGUAGAGGCCGAAUGUUUGAUAAAAUUUGGGAGGUUUUGAUUGAAAUGCGGCGAAAAGAUUCGUCAUUGAUUUCACCGCGUACUGUUAUGGUUGUUUUAGCUAGAGUUGCCAAGGUUUGUUCAGUUAGACAGACUGUGGAGUCUUUUAGAAGGUUCAAGAAGCUAGUACCGGGGUUUGAUACGGGUUGUUUUAAUGCUUUGUUGAGGACUUUGUGUCAAGAGAAGAGUAUGGGAGAUGCGAGGAAUGUUUAUCAUAGUUUGAAGCAUGAGUUUAGGCCAAAUUUGCAGACUUUUAAUAUAUUGUUGUCGGGGUGGAAGUCCACGGAGGAGGCCGAGGGGUUCUUUGAGGAGAUGAGGGAAAUGGGUGUGAAGCCGGAUGUUGUUUCGUACAAUUGUUUGGUUGAUGUGUAUUGUAAGGGGAGAGAAUUGGACAAGGCGAAUAAGGCAGUUGAGAAGAUGUGGAACGAGGAUAUAAUGCCGGAUGUGAUUACAUAUACUAGUCUUAUUGGAGGGUUGGGGUUGGUUGGUCAGCCGGAUAAGGCUAGAGAUGUUUUGAAGGAAAUGAAGGAGUAUGGGUGUUACCCAGAUGUUGCUUCAUAUAAUGCUGCUAUAAGGAAUUAUUGUAUCGCGAAGAGGCUUGGUGAAGCUUAUAGUUUGAUGGAUGAGAUGGUGAAUAAGGGUUUAAAUCCAAAUGCAACUACUUAUAAUUUGUUCUUUAGGGUUUUCUUUUGGUGGAAUGAUUUGCCAAGUUCAUGGAAUUUGUACCAGAGGAUGAUGGAGACUGGAUGCUUGCCAAAUACACAGUCUUGUAUGUUCCUAAUUAGGUUGUUUAAGAAGCAGGAAAAGGUGGAGAUGGCUGUACAGUUUUGGGAUGACAUGGUGGAGAAGGGUUUUGGGUCUUAUACCUUGGUAUCUGAUGUGUUGUUCGAUUUGCUGUGUGAUAUGGGAAAGUUGGUGGAAGCAGAAAAGUGUUUCUUGCAGAUGGUAGAGAAGGGGCAUAAGCCAAGCCAAGUUUCUUUUAGAAGGAUCAAGGUGCUCAUGGAACUUACAAACAAGCAUGAGGCGCUACAGAACUUGUUAGAGAAAAUGGCCAUUUUUGGGAUGCAUAUUCCUAAAUCUGUAGAUAGCCCAACAGAGACAUUAGAUUUGGACUCAAUUCCAGUAAAUCAUACUUUUGUGACCAAUCUUAGCCCUAGAAGGUGCUAAGAACUGAUGAAGCAGAAGUUGUCAGAUUGAGUCCUUUAAACCAUUUCAAAAAUGCAAAACUCAAUGUUUAGAGAUUCAGCAAUUUAGUUUAUACUGGCCACUUGGUUCUCUUUGUAUUAUACACAAAACUCAUGCAGAGGCAAUUGUUUUCUUGAUCAUUUAACUUGCCUUUUUGCUGAAUUGAUCAUGUAACAAUGUAACGUAACUGAUUUGUUUA